AUGGUCACAGUAAAUGGACGUCCAUUUACCAUCUUCAACGAUUCUGGUUUUCAGAAAAUAUUAAAGCCUUUGACUGAAGCUAUCGGCGGAAAUUUUACCAUAAAUGCACACAACAUAAAAAGUCACAUAAUGUCUGCUUCAAAUGAGAUAGUUUCACAUAUAAAAAUUGAUGUAAAAAAUCAGCUAAUCAGUUUAAAAAUUGAUUGUGUGAAGCGUCAUCAUCGUUCUAUAUUAGGGGUAAAUAUUCAAUACACUAAAGAUGGAAAAAUAUGUUUGUCAACACUGGCCAUGAUUGAAAUGCAUGAAAAGCAUACAGCAGUAAAUUUAAAAAAGAUGCUUCUUGAAAUACUCGAAAAGUAUAAUAUUAAAAAGGAACAAUUGUACUCAAUAACUUGUGAUAAUGCGGCAAACAUGAUUAAAUUGGCUAGGAUUAUGAAUGAUGAAACAAAUCAGGCUCAUGAUCGUAUCGUAAUGACAAGUGAAAAUGUCAAUAACAGUGAACAAGAUGAUGAUGAUUUAUGGCAGUAUGACAAUGAAGGAACACCACUUGCGACUGAUGACAUUGAAGACGAACUUUUCAAUGAUGACGCUGAUGAGGCAAUAACGUCAUGCAUGAGAUGCGCUGUACAUACAUUGCAACUGUGCAUUCAUGAUGGCUUAAAGGUUGCUUCUAUUGCAAAUUGCAUAUCACGUGCUAGACAGGUUGUGAAAAAACUCAGAACACCAACAUAUUCAAAUUGGUUGAUAAGAAUGAAUUUAAAACUAGCUAUUAUAGACAACGAAACUAGAUGGAAUUCAAUAUACAAUAUGUUAUACAGAUUAAUUGGGUUAAAAAUGUUUUGUAAGGAACAUGAUGAAACUAACCCAGACUUAAAACUUAAAGAUGAUGAAUGGAUAUCUGUUCAAAGUAUUGUUGAUGCUUUAUUACCAGUGAAAAUAGCAACAUUAGCCUUACAAAAACAAGAUAUAACCCUAGGAGAUUUGUAUGGUAUAUGGUGGAAAUGUACUAAUGGAUUGAGAUCCAAUGGUACCAUAUUAGCGAAAGAAAUAUUAAAAUCUAUGAAAGAACGUGAAGCGCUGUUACUACAAAACAAUGUUUAUUUAUCAGCCAUUUUUCUCGAUCCUAGAUAUCAAUGUUUGCUUACUGAAGAUGAAAAAAAUAAUGCUUUUAAUCAUUUAACAAAGACUUGGAAGGCUCUGCUUCAUUUAAAUGAAGAUGAAAUUGGCCAAGAGGAUAAUACUGUCCAUAACAUAUCUUUGGAUACAAGCAACGACAAUCAUUCUCGUAUUGACGAAGAUGAUGAUUUGGAACUAUUUUUGUCAUCUCAAUCAUCUUUUUCGUCCUUGAACAGUGAAAGAAGUUCUCCUAACGACAUAUCAAUUGCUUUACGCAAUUUCAACAGUGUUGAAAGACUCCACUACAAAACAAAUAUAUUGAGUUAUUGGGAAGAACAAAAGUAUGAUAAACCUGAUCUUUACAAAUAUGUUGUUCAUGCUGUUCCAGCUACACAAGUUAGUGUUGAGAGAAGCUUCUCAGGUCUGAAAUUUAUCUUAUCAGAUCUUAGAUCAUCAUUGUCUUCGGAAGCUCUAGAUGCUAUAAUGAUAAUUCGAAGCAACACUUUAUUUAAAAGUAAAUAA